AUGCUCGGUCCGGUUCUGAUCUGCGAGAGCCGGAUCUGCGAGCUCCUUUUUCGUCAGAUCAUGAACAGCAAGGUCCCGAUCCGUGAAGCGAGCUCCUUUUCUGAUGGAGACGCGCCUCAGGGCCCCACCACCGCCACUGGAGGUCCUCAGGUUGCCUUGAACAAGAUCUUUCACCACAUUGCCAACAACACCGUGCCCGAGUCGAUUCGACAUGCCCUUUGCUCCAUCAACUACACUAUCCUGGAGAAGGCCAAUGGCAAGUUUCGACCCGUGGGCACGGAUUCCAUCUUCAACAAGGUUGUCAACCGCGCUCUGCUCGAGCAACAGCAGCCCCAUAUUGCCCACUUGCUACAGGCCAGUCCAGAGCUGGCUGUCGGAGUCAAGGACGGCAUUUCAGCAGCGGUUGGCAUGGCCUUUGGUGAGCUUCAAGCCUGUGAGUCUACCCCGGGCUGGACCAUGCUCUCCCUCGAUUUCAAGAGUGCCUUCAACUACACCGACCGAGCACGGCUGCACGAGAUUGUGGCCGACAAGGUCCCUGGCCUCUUGCGCGCCUUUGAACGACACUAUGCUCGACCCACUACCCACUGCAUUGUCGACAAGUUCUUCAAGGUGAUUGACAUUGAUGUUGGCCAAGGCAUUGUGCAGGGCAACGAGCUAUCGCCCUUCUUCUUUGCCCUGUACUCCUGUGGGGUCCUGGGUCUCCGCGACGCCACCACUGACUAUCGCUGCAAGGUCAUCAAGUACCUCGACGACAUUGUACUGAUGGGUCCCGCGGAGGACGUGGCGGCCGACGUCGAGAUUAUCAAGGCUCGUGCAGAAUCUGCUGGCCUUCAUCUGCAGCCCACUCUGAGGUUCAAACACCUAAUUUAUUAUUACACGGGCAUGACGGUCUUGGGAACGCCGAUUGGCCGUCGCGAGUGGAUGAAGAAGCAGCUGAACGACAAGGCAAAGCACAUUGCUGGCAAGCUCAAUGACAUGCUGACGACCGGUGUCUCGCUUCAGGCCCUCCUCACGGCCAUGCAGUACGUGCCUAGCCUCAUCAACCACCUCUACACGCUGCCCCCAAGUCUCACGUCGGGCUUGUCCGAGCUCUUGAACCGUGCUUGCAAGGACACCUUUGUCAAAGCCUUUUUUGCCAAGGUAAACCUGUCUGCACCGGCUGGAGCUGAAGGUCAUGACGUUACGCUGGAACAGCUCCUUGAGGCUCGCCUCUUCACACGGGCCAACACCGGGGGCUUUGGCCUGCACGACUUGGUUGAGCGCGGUCCGGUGGCUUAUGUCUGCAACAUGGCCAAGCUGGCCAUUCACUACCCUCGGGUCUACGAUCGACUUUUGGAGGAUGAAUCGAGGGCUGCUGACUUUGAGGCCCACGUGCAGCGAGCCGGCUUCCAGAUGGCCACGGUCAAGGAUGCGGCGACUCAGCGACCAGCUGAGAUCAUUGCCCUCCGCUCCAAGGCGGCACUGGACGACCUGAUGGCCAAGUGCGCGCUGGACCUGCAGCAGGCAUAUCUGGCCUCACGUGAGUGGGGCGUCAGCACUGUCUUGACCAUGCGGGGUCGGGACAAGUUGCGUCGCUUGAGCGACACGACCUUUGCCAUUGCGGUCGUGUCCAUGAUGGGUUUUGGCCUCCAUGAACUCAUCAAUGUCAAGCCGACGGACAAGUGCCCUCUCUGCAGCAGCAAGACACCUCAGCCGCGACUGACCCGCGAGCACCUGCUGACCUGCCGUCCCAUCAAGCGACACAACGCCCUUCGCGACGAGAUGGGCCGCCUGCUCAGACCCGGAUAUGCGAGCUCCUUCUCUGCCUGGGCCAUUCUUCGCCAGCUCCCGAUCCGCGAGACCCGGAUCUGCGAGCUCCUUAUUCAUCAGGUCAUGAACAGCAAGGUCCCGAUCCGUGAAGCGAGCUCCUUUUCUGCCCGAGCCAUGCUCAGCCAGCUCCCGAUCCGCGAGACCCGGAUCUGCGAGCUCCUUAUUCAUCAGGUCAUGAACAGCAAGGUCCCGAUCCGUGAAGCGAGCUCCUUUUCUGCCCGAGCCAUGCUCAGCCAGCUCCCGAUCCGCGAGACCCGGAUCUGCGAGCUCCUUUUUCGUCAGAUCAUGAACAGCAAGGUCCCGAUCCGUGAAGCGAGCUCCUUUUCUUCCCGAGCCAUGCUCAGCCAGCUCCCGAUCCGCGAGACCCGGAUCUGCGAGCUCCUUAUUCGUCAGGUCAUGAACAGCAAGGUCCCGAUCCGUGAAGCGAGCUCCUUUUCUGCCCGAGCCAUGCUCAGCCAGCUUCCGAUUCGCGAGACCCGGAUCUGCGAGCUCCUUAUUCGUCAGGUCAUGAACAGCGCGGCCCGGGUGUGCGAGCAACUCUUCCGCCGGGCCAUGAUAAAUAGAUUAGGUGUUUUGAACCUCAGAGCUGAAAGCAAAGCUGUGCAACCCCGACGUCAACAUCACAACGGCACGCAAAACAACAGAAGACAACCAGACAAAUUCAUCGGCUUCUAUCAUGCCGAGCAGUACAAGGGCGAAGACCCACGCUCAAGGAAACAAAAAUCGUGA